AUGCUCUCCUAUCGUAUUAUCGUGCUGCUCCUCGUGAUCACCUUCACGGCGUGCAUGACGUGCUCGAUACUCUUCCCCAUAUUCCGUAAGGUGACGAGCGACCCUGUCGAGGCGAGGCAUACGGUGAGAUUUUGGUAUAAGGAGUCGACCAACACCACCACCUCCACCGGCUCCUCGGGGGAGCUAAUAAUGCGCUACUACACACACAACCUGGCGUGCCAACAGGCUAGAGUGCUCUACGUUGCUUUGUCGGCCCUUUCCGUUGCUGCCGCCGGAAUCAGCGGUGUCGCAUGCCUCGUGAUCGCCUGCUGGACGACGGCCGGCUACAACGUCUCCAUUGGCGUCGUCACUCUCUUGCUGACCUCCUUUGCCAUGGCGUCGGCAGUGGCGGUGGUGGGCGUGACAACGUACGUAUACACCCACGACUUCUGCGUAAACGAUCCCACGGCGCUCGAAAAGUCCCCACAGAGGGAUGGGUACCACCUUACGGAGGGCUUCAUCCUCUUGUGCGCCGCUGCGGGCGGCUUCUUGCUAAUGGUCAUGAUUCAGGUGAUUGGUUUCUGCUGCGGCUGCCAGCCGUUGACUGAGUUUCAUGCGGGGGAGAGCCACCCAAAGAGCCCCGGCGACAGCGGGCGCAGCGAUGGUGACCUGAGCAUCUCUCGAAGCUAA